AGGUGUAACUGCUCUAAAGAGUUAACGUGCGCAUCACGCCGUCUCGUCGUUAUCGUAGUCGUAGUCGUUUCGUCGUCGUCGGGCUUUUCGGUCUAUAUAUUUUUUUUUGAAAAUCCUCAUCAAUCACAAUUUAAUUUUACUCCUUUUUUUGUGUUAAAAAAACAAAAGUUUAUUUGGUCGAAAAUAAUAUGAAUUUAUACCAAAUUAUUGAAUGGGGUUUAAAAGUUCAAAACUGGCAGUUCAAUUUUUAUUGAAAGAAUAAUAAAAGAAUAACAACAAUUGGUGAUGUUGAAUUUAAUUAAAUCAAAGUGAAUAUAAUUAGUAAAAUACCUAUAAAUAAAAAUUAGAUACCUACAACCAACAAUGCUAAAGAACAUAAAACAAAUUAUAAAAAAAACUAUUCUCAGCUCUAAGUACCUAUAAUGAUUGACUUUGAGAACUAUACAAAAAUGUGGGUGUAAUUAUGUGUGUUUUCAAAAUCGUUUAAGUUCAUACAAAUAGUUUUGCAUUUCAAACGGAAGCCGACACAGAAAGAUUUUGCAAUCAUCAUUAAGUAUCUAUUAAUUAAUAAAUCAUAAUUAUAUAAAGAAGAAAGAAAAAUUAAAAUUCCUUUUCAAAUGAUCGAAUGGUGGUGAUUUUAUUAUUGACACGAUCGACAACAAAUGGCUGUGAUGGAGGAUCAAAUGAAAGCACAUCAACAACAUCUACCGGUGUUACCGCAAUACCAACGGCUGCCUAUAGAGCUUACCAACAACAGCAACAACAACAGGAUUAUUAUAAUAAUCAUCAACUACUCCAACAAGAGCACCAACAACACAAUCAACAGCAAUCCGCAUCAUCUAGUCAACUCCACCAUCAUCAUCUUCAUAAUUAUCAUCAAUAUCCGGCUGAAAGUCAAAGAGCCCCCACGCGAUAUUUCCCCAAUAAUGGAGUUGUCUCACCUCAAAUUCAAACAACAACAACUCAUAAAAAACCCUACAAAGUCACCUUUGAUUUGGACAAAUCCUGCCACAGACACAGACACGAUUCUGAGGAGGAGCAAGGGCCAAGUUUUUUGGCUAAUCACCACCGUCAUCCUUCAUCACAUCAUCUGCCAUUAUUCCCAUCGCCACAACCACAACCACCACCACCACCACUGCCAAAAAGUCUACCACCAAAUAUACAGCCCUGCGUUCAUCCGUCAGCAUCAGCGUCAGCGUCAACAUCAGCAACAGCAAUCAAUGCUCUGCCAAAGCCACCUCGUCGUAAACAUCAUCGCAAUACAGCGGCUUCGGCUGAACGACAGUAUAAUCCUGCGCUACCAUCGACAUCAUCCCUGCUGGAACAUCCAUUACUUAAUUCUAACACCGUUACUAACACAAAAGACUAUGUCCGUCACGUGACCCGUGUUAAUUUUUACGAUGUUGAUUGUUUACAGGUGGAUUAUGGGAACGAUGAUGACGACAGCUGCGAUACCGAAGCAAUUACCAAAGAAGAAGAAUGGAUUACGAAAAAGAAAACCGAACUAACAACAACACGACAAAUAGAAACUAGAGUAAAACGACAAGUGGUGCUUGAAGAUGGCAAAGUUAUUGAAGAUUCAGGACCAAUUGUAUCAACAAAUACAACCGAAGAUACUGAUAAGCAAGAAACUGAAACAACUGAGCGACGUGACUUAGGAAGUCCGAAUCCAUUACCAAUUGAAGCUAGCAAAGAUGAAGUUGAUAAUGGGACAGGAAAUCAAUUGGUCACAACAUCAAAUGAUGGUCAAAUUGAAAAUUUUGGUGGAACUGUGAUACAAAAAUUUGUACCGCGUCCUGCUGAUGGUUUAGUACGUGAAAUCAAUGAAAAGCGAGUUGUUUCACGGGAGGAAAUCAAAGAUCGUUUGGAAACAGAAGAUGUGAGACAUUUGGGAGAUUUUUCCGAUGAGGCCUACGUAAAUGCCGUCAAUAGUGGUGCCGAAAAUAUCGAAACCAUCCUCUAUUCUCCGGAAAGUCAAAAACAGUUAGUCCCAACUGGGCCACGAAUUAUCCAACAAUCAACUAAAGGCCAUAAAACAAUCGAUACAGAGGACAUCCAACAACGAUCUUUAGCUCAAGCCGAUGGUACUUUGGUAACGGAAAAAAAGAAUACAACUGAACACGAGGAAAUAUUUGACGAAGAACUUCCCGAAAAGGACGAUAAUUCUACGGGAAGCAAGGAGAAGAUUUUUACCACCGAAUCAUCCCAAAGGUUCUUAAAGCAACGUGAUGAACAAAACGUUGAAUUUGUAGUCGAUGGUAAAGUUGUAAGCAAAGAAAUGCGUUACGCUGCUGAAACCGAACAAAUGGAGCGUGAUGGUGCUCCUGAUCGACCUGGUGACUGGGAUAGUUUAUCGGCGAGAAUUCGAAAAGCUAGACGAGCACCAAAGACUUUGUUGCAACAGCAAAAAGAGGCGGCUCUGCUAUCUGAUCGGAAGGACGCACUUACGAAACGACCUUUAGACUUUGAUCGGGAAGAAGAGACGCGCAAAGGUGAGACCAUGAAAUGGCUGGAGUCUCAUUUUGGCAGUGAAUCAACAGCAUCGAAUGAUUCUCGUGAUGACUAUCAGGAAAUCGAGCCAACCAAGAAGACUUAUUUCAAUGUGACAAUCAAAUCCAAUCCGACUACACCGCCAAACGUUAUCCCGGUUAAUCCUGGUCUUGUACAUACUGCCGGCCAGCCUGCCAGAGUCAUAAUUGCAGAUCAUGACCCGUCAUUAGAAAAGGGCAAGACUUAUUUUCAAGGAAUCUCUAAUUGGGCUGAUCGAAAAGAGUCUACGCCAAAGCAUUUUGCGACGAAAGCAUUUCGCGAUGAGCUGAAGGGAACCUUAGACAGUCGGAAUCGUAUUAGACAAAGUGCUUCAAGGGAAGAUCUCUCUUCCUACUAUCCUAAGGAAAGUGCAUCGAGAAAUGAGACUUAUGUUACCCGAGAAGAUAUCCUCCAGCAGAAAAGACAGUAUAAUUCCCGAAGUGAUUUACGCUACCGCAGUAGCUCUCGGGAAGAUCUGGUCGACAUGAAGAAUAUUCGUUCGCAAAAAGAGGACCUUGGAUAUCUUAGUGGGUCGAGAACUGACGUGCGCUACCAUAGACCCGACUCGAAUGAUGAAAACAUAAGAAACUUAAAGAACGCAAAAAACGCUAGCUACCUUAAGCGGGAAGACUCAGGGUAUGUAAAGGAUUCUAGUGAAGAUGUGACCUCUUCACAUCUGCGAUGUGAUGGGGACGAUGAUGUUAAGAUUGUUUCCGAGAAGUACCGCUCGGGAAUUAUGGUACAAGAUGACUCAGCCUAUGUUUCAUCGCCGGCUUAUUACAAUGAAAAUCGUCUUCCAAGGACCCCAGAACACGUUUUAGGAUCUCGUUCUCCUGAAAUAGUUGGCCACGAUUCAACUUUGUCGCGACCAGCUGUUCCACAGCGAAGGCGGGGCACAGAGAAAAAAGUUCGACAGCAACCUUCUGUGCCAAUUGCAGCCCCAGCAUUUCACCACCGAGAUGAACCACCUCCAGAUUAUUCACCACCUCCACAAAGCCGUUCCGCGUCUCCUGCACAAACCCGUUACAAUGCACCACCGCCACCAGCUCUUUCGCCCUACAACGGCCCAGCUAAUCUACCGACUGCCAACGGAGUUUCGUCACGGAAAUCAAACCAACGCACACGAUUCGCUUCUGAGUCAUCAUCGGCGAGCCAACAACAAAUGCGUCCCUCAAUGUCAACCCAAACCACACAGACAUCCAUGCCAUCUGCCGGCGGUACCAACAACAAACAAUCGUCGACUAAAGUCGGCCAGGCCAUUGGAAACUCUUUUCGCAAGCUAGUCGGCAAAAUACGUUCGGCCAGUGCUGAGCGAAAAUUCCGAAUGAAAUCAAAAAGCAAAAGCCGCGACAAGUCUCCCAUUAAUGGUGGAACUCCAUCGCCAAAUGGUGGAAAUAUGUCCACCUAUCAGCAAUACAAUGUUAUCGAUAGUCAUAUUGGAGGCGGUAAUGGUGGUGGUGGUGGUGGACAGGCAGGCAGUAGUACUGUGACUACAACUUCCUCCACACAGCCAUCGAACACACAUCACAGUCACAGCCAGCUUCAGCAGCGCAACUCAGCGCCCAUCAAUCGAGAGUCGAGCGUCGUCAGUAGUUCGACAGCAGUUGGCCGAGACAGCAGGCCAAGUCAAACGGUUAAUGGAAAUCAAUACGCUAAUUCGGUAGAAAAUAGACGUGGUUCAUCGGAUUUGGACGUAAUGGGAAAUCCCAAACAGCGAUAUUACCUGGGUGAAGACCCCUAUGCCGGGAGUCUAUUCGGAAAGGAGAACAAAUACGAUGCAGGAGCCGCAAGAAGAGCUCGAGAGUCCCGAGACACAAUAGACUCCAACUAUACACGGGGCGAUAACAGUGGUCCAGUGACUGUAGCAGUAGCUACCAUCCCACCCCCACCGUCAACCAGUCAAUACCAUCGAUCACGACGUGCUGGCUCCUCCGAUGAAAACCGGGAAAUCUACGUGCAAAGAAACAUCACUUCAAACACACUUGGCCGAUAUCAAAAGAACAACCAUCGCAUUGGUUCGACACCAGAUCUAAAUUAUGACUACCGUAGUGCCCAUACUCUUCCCCGUAAAUUGGAAAACCAUCGUACGACCCCAUCAACAACCAACGCCACCACCAAUCAACCACCCCAACAUCAUUCUUCCAAAAUCAAUGUUUCAAUUGUCAAUCAACUUAAGCCAGCCCAGAAUACAGGUCCUGCCAAACCAGCUCGAACAUAUAAAACCCUUAACCGAAGCAAAAGUUUCAAUGUUUACGGUUUGAACGGCACCAAUGAUCCUAGUCCCAUUUACAUAGAAAAGUUAACGAAAAACAAUUACUCCAAUAAUAGUGCGAUUGGCGGCAGCAGCAACAUGUACAAGUCAAAUCCCCACCUCUAUAUUCCUGAGAAUGCGCCAUUGCAAAGUGGCUUGAAAAGUCCGUCCAUAGUCAAUCUGAUAAGUCGAAGUCAAAAGGAUCUAACACGGAUUGACGAAACGGAUCGGCACUAUUCGAGCAAUUUGGGUGAGAGGCGAUUGUCGUCGGCACCUAUCAACGAUAGCAAACGCAAUGUCUUCCUCGAGGGACUUCGGGAUCAAGCGCCUGACCUCUACAAAACGCUUCAUGGUGACGAAACCGACCGGGGUUCACCGUCCAGAAAUAUAUUCAAGUAUUCCCAUCUAACUGGCAGGGAUCCGAAUGCCUCUCCACCAGGAGGUGCUUCCAGAUCUCCAGCCGUUGAAAUUAUUAGACGAGGAAGCUCCAGCACUGAAGACUAUUCGGAGACCUACAAGUAUUCGACUCGAUCCGAUGAUCCCAAUCGACCUUCGAUCACUGACACCGUUCAAACUUUCUCCAAGAAGACCAUUCCCGCAAAGGACGGUCGCGGUGUUGAGACAAUUCAGUCUUCGGAAAGACAGAGUGUGACCAAGAGUCACCAAUACCGCAGUGAUCCAAUGCCAAAGUACAUCGACGAACACAAACGUCGCAGCUUUGGCAAUGUUGGCGGCUCCACUAUCAUUGAAGUUCGACGGAAGUAAAAACUAUGGGAGCAGAACAGGCGGGAGCAAUUAUUUUGAAAAGAUUCAAGGAAGCAUUCAAAAAUCAAACCGAAAACAGAAGAAUUCAAAAUUUACUGACUUUAGUUUCAUUUGACGUUGUUAGCAAAUGAAAAUCAAAAGCCGUUAUUCAAAGAAAAAGUCUCAUAGAUUUUUUUUUAAAUACCUUUCGUGAUUAUUAUUGGCAUGUUUUCGUUUUUGGAAUUUGUGCGUAAAGUUUGUUUGUACUUGCUUGGAUCUGUCAUACAUAAUUCUUUGACACUGUUGCUCUGUGGGUUUGACAGAAAACAAAAAAUCUUAAAACAUAAUUAUUUGCCAUUUGUAUUGUAUUUUUGUAAUGAUUACUUGUUGUAAUGAUUGAGUAUCUAAUUUUCGUUUUAUUCUUUUCUUAUUUGACCCAUCGAUCGCCAUACAUUGUUUUCAUUUUUUGUUUCCUUUGAUGUAACGUAGCAAUUAAACAAUCGCAUCCUACUCUAAAUUUGAACAAAAACCCCCUGACUAACUAUAAAUACAAAAUGUAAACAACACCUUAGACUAAUUAAUAAUGAAAACGUUCAGCACCAUUCCUAACAAAUAUUAUUAUUAUCAACAAUUAGUAAUGUAUUUACAAUAAUCUCGUUUCUCUCUUAUAAUCAGUCGUAAUUUUAAGCAAUUGUUAAAACUAUCUGACGAUCCUAAAACUUCAAUGUAAUCCAUUUCUCUUAAUUAAUAUUGUAGAAAUUUUAUUAAAACUUAAUACAUAAUAAUAAUUUAUCAAAAAUUAUGAUAGUAUGAUUAUGUUUUUUUUUUUUAAUUAAAUAAAUUUAUAUCAAUAGACUUUCAUUUAUUUAAGAAUUUUUAAUUUUAAAUAAAUAUUUAACAAAAAUUUAUUUUUUUAUUUCUAAUUUGUAACGGAUUAUAUAAUUUUUAAAUGGUUUUCUUUUAUUAAAACAAUAAUAAUAAUGAGAAACAAUGCAAACAAAUUAUUGAAAAAUAAAAAUAAUUUAAUAACUUAAACUAAGAAAAAAUUAUUAAUAAAAGAACAGAAAAUAAAGUUGUAGUGCCAAAAAAGA